AUGGGGCUCCCAUCACUUCGACCGAUCUUUUUCGAGUUGCUCUCACGAUUAUAUAUUAUUCCCAAUCCACCAAUUAAUUCUUGCAGACUUCGUCAUGUUCGAGAUGACCCAGCGGUCCACUAUCAUGGUUUGGAUGACCGCGCUCAACUUGGAGAACCAGCCGAUCAACAGUUGUCGGAGGAGAACGCUACCUUCACUGUUCAUGACGCCGUCGAAGCGCUCGGAUUCGGACGAUUUCAAGUCAAACUCAGCCUGCUUACUGGAAUCGCUUGGAUGGCCGAUGCAAUGGAGAUGAUGUUGCUGUCGUUACUUUCACCGGCGAUAGCUUGCGAAUGGGGAGUAUCGCCAGUACAGCAGGCUCUGGUCACCACGUGCGUAUUCAGCGGUAUGAUGCUGAGCAGUACGUUCUGGGGCAAGACUUGUGAUCGAUUCGGAAGAAGGGUGGGUCUGAUCGCCUCCACACUCGUUGCGUCGGUGAUGGGAGCAAUCAGUGCGUUAUCCCCUAAUUUCUACGUGCUGCUAUUCUUUCGAGGGCUUACUGGAUUUGGAAUCGGAGGCGUACCACAAUCAGUCACACUGUACGCUGAAUUCUUGCCAACACAGCAACGAGCUAAAUGUGUUGUGCUGAUUGAAUCCUUCUGGGCAAUUGGAGCCGCCUUUGAAGCACUCCUGGCUUACCUCGUCAUGGCUACUUGGGGAUGGCGGGCUUUGGUGUUGCUCUCUUCGUUGCCUCUAGGAAUGUUUGGACUUCUUUCAUUUUGGCUUCCUGAAUCAGCUCGCUAUGAUAUGGCUUCUGGACAUCCGGAAAAGGCUUUAGCGACAUUGCAAAAGGCGGCAAAGGAGAAUCGCGUGAAGCUUCCUGAGGGGCAGCUCCUCGCCGAUCAAUCUCAAACUGUAAGUCAACUUGGUUGGGUCAAGAGCGAGAAACGUGGUGACAUUGUUGACCUGUUGUCCCCCGAUCUACGUCGUACUACCCUGCUCUUAUGGUUCAUCUGGGCCGUCAAUGCCUUUUCGUACUACGGUAUGGUUCUCUUCACCACCGUACUCUUCCAAUCGCAUGACGAAUGCCACGGUGGACUGUUCUCGAACGGCACACAUUUUGAAACUUGUCAGCCACUCACCAGGAAGGAUUAUUUUGAUCUGUUGUCGACAACGAUGGCCGAGUUCCCCGGAUUGAUAAUCACUGUGGUAAUUAUUGAAUGGUUUGGUAGAAAGAAAACCAUGGCGCUGGAAUUCGCGGUGUUCACCGUCACCACUCUGAUUUUCGUCGCUCGUGCAUUCAUUUCGGGUGCAUUCCAAUGUGCCUAUGUUUACACUCCAGAGGUUUACCCGACAACUUUACGAGCUGUGGGCCUUGGGGCGUCAUCAGCUAUGGCGCGAAUAGGAGCCAUAAUCACGCCCUUCGUAGCUCAGGUAGCGUCAGGGAAAUCCCUCUCCUUACCGAUAGGAAUUUAUGCAACAACUGCACUACUCGGACUAAUCGCCAGCAUAAGUUUACCGAUAGAAACCCGUGGAAGAAAAAUGGAGGUGAGCUUUUGUCAUGAGUCUGAGUUGAUAUUUUCCAUCAUGGUAAUAGGGCCGAACGGAUGA